AUGGCUGCAGUCAACGUGGCGAGUGGAAUUCUCCUGAGCCUUUUAGGCUGGCUCGAGGCUGUUUGGCGAGGUGGCUGUGUACCUAGAUUCAUGCACAAAGAUGACUACCCGUCCGUAAACGGAGGACGCGAAGCCCUCCUUGCCGCCCUCAACGUCCCCAGCUUCGUCGCCAGCAGGACCUGCUUCGAAGUGAACGGCUACGCAGGAUGUCGACCAGUAUUCGAAGAACCGCAGCAGACUAAUAAUCCCUUUGGGGAGCAAGACGCUACGCCUACACUCACAUCCUGCACGACAUGGUUCCACUAUCUCGCAAAGAUGGUCCGCAAAAUUGACUCCUUCCAGGAUGAGCAGAAACCUCACGACGAAGAGCCCGAAUACGUCCCUGAAAACUCCAAAGAAGGAUACGAGUGGUUCGAAAUGAGCGUCUUCACCCGCUGGGAUGCGCCAGGCAAAUGUCGGGUCCUGUGUAUCGACACUCCGCCUGAUUUCCCUGAGCGCCUCAAGGAUGCACUGCUGAAGAAGAAGAAGAGUCUGAGUCUCCCGGAAGCCGCCCAAGCAGACCCUUUCGCCCUCCACGCCGACCUCCUAGACAUCAUGAUCGUUUACUCCGACAUUUCCGUUUGGCGCGUGCGUGAUCCGAUCCGGCUCCUCGAAAAGUCGCGGCUCAAUGGGCACGAUCUGUUUGAGCAGAUCCACGACCACGCAAGGCACGCAUACCACUCGUCCGAGGUGCUGGAGGCGGCGAUCCAGACGAUCGAGCAGUUGGGAAGAUAUCAGCGAGAUAUUCAUGAAAGUAUUGCCCAUGGACAGCGCAGUGGCAGUGGCAGUGGCAGCCGCUUGGGCUACAGCCUGACUCUGACGUACAGAGCGCAGGCGAGGGAGUAUACGCAGUUUCAGAUUUCGUUGGUGAAGAGUUUGAAGCUGAGGAGUGAUUCGAGUUUGCAGAGGUUGAAGAACGAGGUUGGACUGGCGUACAACAAUAUUGCCAGACAAGAUAACAGCGUCAUGAAGUCAAUAGCGCUGUUGACCAUGAUCUUUCUGCCUGCCACUUUCAUUUCGGUAUGUCCCCUGGCGUAG